AUGGAUAAAUUAAGAAAAGUUAUCGUAGUCAGUGGAAUGACUGGCGUUGGAAAAACAAACAUUGCUAAAAUACUGGCGUAGCAUAUCAAUGGGGAACUUGUUUGUGUUGACUCAAUAUAAAUCUAUAAAGGAUUAAACAUCAUUUCAAAUAAGCCUCCUUUGAAUCCUCUCUAGGUUGACCAGAAAGCAGCAAUAAUGAGUGAUUAGAAAAUUCUUGGAAACGUAAAUUUAACCUAAACUCCUCAUCAUAUGAUUGGAAAAUAUGAUCCACUCAAUCCUGUAUCAUCGACAAUAUAUGCUUAUGAAGCAAGGAGGUAGAUAAAAGAUAUAUUAGCAAGGAACAAAACUCCAGUCCUUGAAGGAGGCUCCCCAUUUUAUCUGCAAUAAAUCUUUAGCCCUAACCUUACAAAUCUAAAUGAUGAUGUCUAUUUUAGAUCUCGAGAAGUAGCAAAAAACAUCAUAAGAAUGGAUGAAAACAAUUUUUAGCUUACUCUUUCAAGAGCUCAAACCCUAUUUGCAUAGGUACAAAUAAAAGAUAACGAUUCCUCUAAAAUUGGGGUCAAUGAUUUCUAUAGACUGGAAACUAAGUUUGCUUUGGCCUUGUACCUAUAAGCGAAAGGCAUGACUUAUCCACAAUAUGUUAAAACCUAAGCAACUGAUGAGGACAACAGUCUUUUCUCUAACAUUGACAAAAGAUGCUUCUAUCUCUUUGGAAAUAAGAAAUCAAUAAAUCAGGUUCUGGACUUAAGAGUUGAGGAAAUGGUAAUGAAUGAUGCUUUUUUCCAUGAGGUCAUAGAAUUUUCAAAAAUAAUAUCAGAGCAUGAAAAUCUUGAAAACUUGAAGAUUAAUCCCUUGAUAAGAUGCAUUGGGUAUUUGGAAUCUGUCAAAUACCUUCAGUCAUUCCACCAUUUAGGGGAAGAAUAGAUUUAUUUGGACUUCAUUAAGAGAAAGCAAAUUAACUCAAGCUAUAAGCAGAUUGCUUAAAAGUAUUUGAAUGAUUACAAGGCAAAGAACAGGUAAUAUGCAAAGAGGCAGAAUAUUUGGUUUAGGAAGGAACAAAAUUACCUCUGGCUGGAUGUUAUGAUGGAAGGGAAAAUCCAGAAUGUGAUAAAUAAAAUGAUCGUCCAUCUUAUGAAAGAAGAUGUUAGGAGAGAAUUAGAGUCAGAUGAAUAGGAAAAAAUGAAAAAUGUCAAUACUGAGGAUGAUUCUCAAAAGGAAUUGAAAGAGUAUAAGUCAGAAAGCAAAAUUCUGUAAAGUGAUGAACUUUAUUACAAGUAUAUGAUGAACUCUCUGAAGACAGCAAAAGCCUAUUAAUCAUUACUGAUGGGUAAGGUGCUUACUCAUCCAUUGCUCACUCUAUAAACACCUGAUUACUUUAUUCCCAAGAAAUUAAAACCUCCAAAGUAAGACAGAGUAUAGUAAAGUAUUGAUUCAAAGGAGAAUUCAUAACUCGAUCCCCAAUCAGAUGCAUAAUAUAAUCAAAAAUAAGAUUAAAGAUAAAAUAAAUAACACGCUAAAAACCUAUUCGACAAUAGAAGAGAAUAAUAAGAUGACAGUAAUAAGCCAUAAAUAAAAUUCAAAAUGGGACAGCCACAAAAAUAAGCAGAAACUCUUUGA